CUCUCUCUCUCUCUCCUCUCCUCUCCCAUGGCGGCUGCGAUGGUAGCCGAGCCGAACAAGAAGCUCCCGCGACCAGGUCGGGGCGGGUUCGAAGCUCACGGCCUCAGCGAAGAGGAGGCCCGAGUCCGAGCCAUCGCCGAGAUCGUAAGCUCCAUGAUCGACCUCUCCCGGAGGGGCGAGAACGUCAACCUCAACGCCCUAAAGUCCGCCGCAUGCCGGAAGUACGGCCUCGCCCGCGCCCCCAAGCUCGUCGAGAUGAUCGCCGCGCUACCCGACUCCGAGCGCGAGUCUCUCCUCCCCAAGCUCCGCGCCAAGCCGGUCCGCACCGCCUCCGGUAUCGCCGUCGUCGCCGUCAUGUCGAAGCCUCACCGCUGCCCUCACAUCGCCACCACCGGGAAUAUCUGCGUUUACUGCCCUGGAGGUCCCGACUCCGACUUCGAGUACAGUACUCAGUCUUACACCGGUUACGAGCCGACGAGCAUGCGCGCAAUUCGAGCUAGAUACAACCCAUAUGUCCAGGCUAGAAGCAGGAUUGAUCAGUUGAAGCGUUUGGGUCACAGUGUAGAUAAGGUGGAGUUCAUCUUAAUGGGCGGCACGUUUAUGUCGCUGCCAGCAGAUUACCGCGAUUACUUCAUAAGGAACCUUCAUGAUGCUUUAUCAGGACACACCUCUGCCAAUGUUGAAGAGGCCGUGGCCUUCUCUGAGCAUGGUGCUACUAAAUGUAUUGGCAUGACGAUAGAAACGAGGCCAGAUUAUUGCCUUGGACCUCACUUGCGGCAAAUGCUUUCUUAUGGCUGCACACGAUUGGAGAUUGGAGUACAAAGCACAUAUGAGGAUGUGGCUCGUGACACUAAUAGAGGCCAUACAGUUGCUGCUGUUGCCGAUUGUUUCUGCUUGGCGAAGGAUGCUGGUUUUAAGGUUGUUGCGCACAUGAUGCCUGACCUUCCUAAUGUUGGUGUGGAGAGGGACAUGGAAAGUUUUAAGGAGUUUUUUGAGAGUCCUUCAUUUAGAGCCGAUGGACUAAAAAUUUAUCCUACGCUUGUGAUCCGAGGAACUGGACUUUAUGAGCUUUGGAAAACUGGCAGGUAUAGGAACUAUCCACCCGAGCAACUUGUGGACAUUGUAGCAAGGAUCCUAGCCAUGGUACCCCCUUGGACACGUGUGUACAGGGUACAGAGGGAUAUUCCCAUGCCUCUGGUUACUUCAGGGGUUGAGAAAGGAAAUCUUCGGGAGCUAGCUUUAGCUCGGAUGGAGGACUUGGGCUUAAAGUGCCGUGAUGUCCGAACACGAGAGGCUGGAAUCCAAGAUAUUCACCACAAAAUUAAGCCUGAAGAAGUUGAAUUGGUUCGUCGUGACUAUACAGCGAAUGAAGGCUGGGAAACAUUCCUCUCGUAUGAAGAUGUACGCCAGGAUAUUCUUGUUGGGUUGCUGCGGUUGCGGAAAUGUGGCAGGAACGCAACUUGUCCUGAACUCGUGGGAAAAUGUUCUAUUGUCCGCGAGCUUCAUGUAUAUGGAACUGCUGUUCCAGUUCACGGGAGAGACGCUGACAAACUUCAGCACCAGGGUUAUGGUACUCUUCUGAUGGAAGAGGCUGAGAGAAUCGCUCGGUGGGAGCAUCGGUCGACAAAGAUUGCUGUUAUUUCAGGAGUUGGCACACGGCAUUAUUAUAGGAAAUUAGGCUAUGAGCUCGAAGGGCCUUACAUGGUGAAAUAUCUAGUAUGAGAAUAAAAUGGAACACAGUUUUGUAGUAUAUAGCUAAAUGAUUGUUCAUUUCUUUUUGGAGGCGUGUAUAUUGACUUCUUAAUUCAGUAGCUAUUAUUGAGAAAUUUUUGUGUUGUUAUUGGAGGUAGAUGUAUGGCCUGACAGACAAAUUCUAAGCAUAUGUUUCUACCAACAAAACUCAACAUCAUGUGUACAAUUUUUUCUUUUUUAUUUUUAUUUUUAUUUUUAAAAGAGGUCUUUUUUCUUCUUCUUA